AUGACCCAGAAGCCAUUCUUUGGGGACAGGUUCACAGUCCCUUUACGAGCCACAGACUCAGAAGCAACACCCAAGAUCCAGUUUCUUCUCUUUCCAACAUCCACUUCCCAGUAUUUUCUUCCGGAUGUGUAUCCUUCCUUUGCCAACACAAAAAUGUUGGAAUCAAAUCUCUCCUCCUUGCUGGGCACCUGUGGAGCUUGUGAAGUGGGCUCACAUGAACCUUAUGAGAUUCAACAAGAUCAAGUGCAAGGCAUCCAAACCUGUGUGGUGAUGGCUUCCAGAUUUCAGCACACAGUGAAUCUUCACAUUAUAAUUUUCCUACAGAUAGUUCAUUUGAUCAAAGGUCAGUUAAGAAUUAUACCUCCUUACGAUCCUGUGCUUGGAGUUGUUGGAAUGGGAGUCACCCUGCCCUGCCAGCUGGAAGCCAAGACAAUCUCAGAGGGAGUACUUGUUCAGUGGACAUUAGUUGGAAAUCCUGUAGACUAUGAAGUGGCUACCUAUGAUGGAAAAAAUGCACAGAAUCCAGUAAAGGAGAAUAAGGCAUACCUGGGCCGUACAAAUUUUUUUCUGAGUGAAGUUACUAAGGGGAACUUAUCCCUUCACCUGAAAAAUGUCAUGGUCUCUGAUAAAGGGAAAUACAUCUGCAGUGUCUUUUUGGAGAAUCAGUACAAUGAAGUGGUGGUUGACCUGAAUGUGGCAGCUCAAGGCAAGGACUCUGCAGUUCAUAUCGAUGGCCACGUGGAUCAGGGCAUUGGCGUCACCUGCAAGUCCCAGGGAUGGUUUCCACAGCCUGAGGUAAUUUGGCUGGACAGCAAAGGACAGAUACGGAAGGAGAAAGUGGUCACACAAAGACUGCAGACUUCUUCAGGCCUUUUUGAUGUUGUCAGUUCCAUGGCCCUGGAACCAGGAACUGACAUGGAAGUCUCCUGCAGAAUAGUCAAUGAUAUCCUCAACACAGCAUGUGAAUCACGAGUCCUGGUUUCAGAGGUCUUCUUUCCAUCCACUUCACCUUGGAUGACCGCAUUCCUUGUAAUUACGUUUUGUGCUGUGGCUGUUAUCGCUGCUGCAGGCUGCAAGCUGAAGAUUCAUUAUACAAGAAAACAAAAAGAAGAAACAACGAUGGACGAGCUCAAAAAGAACAAAGAGGAUUUGGAGAAAGACUUAGAUUUCUGGAAAGCUCAGGACAAAGCAGUUCCCUUUACUGUGAAUUCUGAAUGCCAGCUCCUCAAGAUCCAAGUGCCAGGAGCUCCAGAUGUUGAAAGCAAAGCAACUGAACCUGCUGACCUGAGCAGCCCCUCCACAAUCCCUGUCCUGGUGGCAAAGGAAGGGUUUGCAUCUGGGAAACACUGCUGGGGAGUGGAUGUGGGCCAGCAGCAGGACUGGAUGCUGGGGGUCAUGAGGCACAAAGGGAAACAAGAGGAGCAAGGGAUACUUGCAAGAGGGGACUUCUGGGCUCUGCAGAAAACCAGGGGAGAGGUUUUCUCUAUCAAAGGAAACAACAGGCCAGAGAAGAAGGAAAUGAAUGACGCAAUGAUUGGUGUGCUUCUGGAUUUGGAGGAAGCACAAGUCUACUUUUAUGAUGCAAAGAACAGAAGCCAAGCAUUGAGAAUAUCUAUAAGCGUUGGAAAGGAAUCUGCAGAAGUGUUUCACCCUUUUCUAUCGAAAGGGGAAUUGAGAUUCAUGCCUGUUUGUCAUCAAAAUAUUCCUGUUCCAUUAACGAAUCCAUAA